CCCCCCCCCCCUCCCUCCCUGAGGCGUCUGUUCCGUGCAGUGAGGAGCUGCGGGAGAGCAGCGCGGAACCGGACCCGAACCGGACCCGAACCCCAACCCAGCGGCACAGCCAGCCCGCCGGCUAUGAGGCCCAGCAGCGUCGCCUCCCCGUGAGGAGCAGCAGAGGGCCCGUGGCGGCGCGGGGAGCGCGCAGAACGCCGCCCCGCCACAGGAAGCCAUUUUGUGGGCCCCCUCCUCCUCCUGCUGCUCUGCCUCUGCCCUCCUCCUCCUCCUCCUCCUUCUUCUCCUCUCUCUUUUUGUUUUUUCCGCCGCCGCCCUCCGCCUCCUCUUCCCAAGCGGUUUGCGGCCGGUGCUGCCCGGCUGAGGUGUGCGGGGGGAGCCCGGUGAGCGAGGGCGGCGGCGGGGGAAGGGGUGAGCCGGGGGCCGGAGCGGGCGGCGGCCUCCGCCGCGCCUCCCCAUGGCGAAGAAAACCUACGACCUGCUCUUCAAGCUGCUCCUCAUCGGCGACUCGGGGGUCGGCAAGACCUGCGUGCUCUUCCGCUUCUCCGACGAUGCCUUCAACACCACCUUCAUCUCUACCAUCGGGAUAGACUUCAAGAUUAAAACUGUUGAAUUACAAGGAAAGAAGAUCAAGCUACAGAUAUGGGACACAGCAGGGCAGGAACGAUUUCACACCAUCACCACCUCCUAUUACAGAGGUGCCAUGGGCAUCAUGCUAGUGUAUGACAUCACCAAUGCCAAGAGCUUUGAAAACAUCAGCAAGUGGCUCAGAAACAUAGAUGAGCAUGCCAAUGAAGAUGUGGAGAGGAUGCUGUUAGGAAACAAGUGUGACAUGGAAGAUAAAAGGGUUGUCCCUAAAGCAAAAGGAGAACAGAUUGCUAGGGAGCAUGGUAUUAGGUUUUUCGAAACUAGUGCAAAAGCAAAUAUAAACAUUGAGAAGGCAUUCCUCACGUUAGCAGAAGACAUUCUUCGAAAGACCCCUGUAAAAGAGCCCAACAGUGAAAAUGUAGAUAUCAGCAGUGGAGGUGGGGUGACGGGCUGGAAGAGCAAGUGUUGCUGAACCUUCUCCUCUCUCACCAAUCGCCAUCCACCGCCCCUUUUUUCUCGCUGCAAAACAAACCACUCUGCCCGUUUUUAACCUUAAAAACCAAUGGUUUUGUUCCUCAUCUUAACAAGCUCCUGUCUCCCUUGGGUUUUUCCGUUUAGGACGGCUUGCAUACUCUUUAAUUUUCUCAACAAACAUGUAUAGGAAAAUCAUCUCCGUGACUUCAUUUUUCUUUCUGUUGUUCUUUUGGUUUUAUUCCGUGCCACCUCGCUCAGCCCACCGCUUCAUCUUGGUUGUAUUAUAGCCCCGUUCCUCCUGCCAUCUGAAACAUCUAGCAGUCAUACUCUUCUCAACUCUCUUCUGCAAAUUGUAUAAGAAUAAAAAGUUAGAAUUAACAAUUUAUUUUGUACAACAGUGGAAUUUUCUGUCAUGGAUAACGUGCUUGAGUCACCGUGUUCUCGUAGACGCAUCAGCAAAAAGAGCCAGGAAAACAUUGUCUGCCUUGAGUCUGUGAAUGGGGUUUAUUUGUCCUGUGCCUUAUGUGGAAAGGAACUUUUGUUUUCACUUUUUAUUUUAUUUUAUUUUAUUUUUUUUUAAAUCUCUUCUUCUGGUGGAAGCAUGUGCAGGAGACAUCCCAUCCAUACUUGAUGACUAUUUUAAAAUACUGAACUCUUUUGUGAUUGCUUUCUGUACUUGUUGGUGUAAAUGCAUCGAGGACUAAGGGUGGUGCAACAACAACAAAUAAUAAUUAAUGACAUUUAAUCUGCUGUGUCUCCUUUUUGGUGACCUAACCCUUCAGAACUGUUCCUGCUGCCAUGUUUGUGGUUUUGUUUGUUUUGGUUUUGGGUUUUGGGUUGUUUUUUUUUCCCCUCCCCUUCUUCUCACUCGCGGCUCUUUCCUUUUGCCUGCAUGCUGCUUUUCUUUGCAUUUCUUCAUGGUGUGAUGUGUUAAUUCAAAAGGAUGGCAACCCGGUAUGUUUGCCAAAAAAAAAAAAAAGAAAAAAAAAAUUAAUACAAAGCACUGAUUUUAGCUUUCAAGGUAAAAAUGUUGAGGAUUCCUACUAACUUCCCUCUAGCCAGUGUCCGUUCACUAGUACCUCUCCUCUCUCUCCUCCUGCAUAGCCGUUGGGUUUUAUGAUAUGGAAGAGUUCUUUGCAUGCACUAGUUUUCCUAUGGAGGGUGAUGUGGUUGUCUACUUUGUGUGUAUGAAUAUAACAUGCAAUCCCCCCAGAACUGACAGCAGUUAACACGAACUUUUUUGAAGUUCUCUCUUACCCGUUCGCCCGCUCCGAGACGUCGCCCGCUGGCCCAGCCCAAGGGCUGAGUGCAACUCGGAGUUAAAAAAGAAAAAUAGAAAAAAAGGAAAAAAAAAAAAAAGAGCUGGCAGUUUAAUUUAUUACCUCCCUAAAAGUUGAAAAACGGAGUAAUUUGGGAUUUGGGUCAGUCCUGCCCUUGCCUCCUGGCCGAGUGGACUUUGUCAGCUGCUCCUGGGUGUAGGUUCCUCCCGCUUUGCGUUCAGAACCCCGCGUGGGAGAGCUGCUCCUGCCAGGGGGGGAAAUGAUAUUUUUAAUUGAUGAUGCUUCCUCCCCGAGCCUCACCUUCCCCCGGGGUGCUGCAGGAGUCUGUGCCUCGCUCUGGGGCUUGGGGCUGCCCCUGGGAAAUGCUCCAAGGAGGAAAUGACAACGCCGUUGGGUUGAACGGGAACGGUGUUUGAACAGUGAAAGCUCUCCUGCUGGAAUGCCUGCCCAGGGAGUGACUCCACCACCACCACCACCACCACCACCGAGCUGGGUCCCUUCUUCCCCUCUGCUGUUUUGGCAUUUUGUCUCUGGUGUUGUUAACCCUUCCCUGGCCCAGUGGCUGGUGGGGUCAGGCAGGACCGGGCAGCGUUUGUAAAUAGAGUCCUGGCUCCCUGCUGGGGACAGCUGCACUUUCUAACCUGAUCAAAAAGGGAAAAAAAAAAAAAAUAAUGGGAGAAAUAGACAUCAAGGGUUUUGGUUUGUUUUAUUUUAUUUUUUUUUUAAACGUGAUCUUUUUAUUUGCUUCCAGGGGCUCUGCUCCCUCUGUGUAAACCCUCUGUAGCCACUGUGUUCAUUGGGAGCCCAGAGCAGAGGUCAGGCCGCUCGCUGGUUCCACUCACUCCCUUCCCUCCCUUCCCUCUUAAUAAAAUGAAAUCUUUCCAGUCUGUCUACUUCUGUUGGGAUAAAAGAAAAAAAAAGAAAAAAAAAAAUACAAAAACCCAAGCAAACCAUGGAUUUUAACCACGUGGCUUUGUUUUGUGUUGUGGAGUGCAAGGCCCAGCCGAGGAGGAGUGAGCAACAAGAGUCGAUGCAGAAUAAAAGAGAAAAAGACAACCAAAAAAAAGGAAAGUAAGAAUAAUAAUGAUGAUGAUGAUGAUGAUGAUGAUGAUGAUAAUAAUAAAUCACGUUGGAGGAAUUUGCUGUAACUUUUAUUCCUGCUGGUAUCUAAAACUCCCUGCCUAGCACACUAACUGCUGGUGAAACCUCUUCUGGGAAGACACCCCCUUCCCCAGCCCCUGCCUGGGAUGAAGCCAAGGCCAGCCUGGAAAAGGUCAUAAAACAGAAAUUAAA